AUGGAGAGACUUGAUAGAGCCCUGAGCAACCCUGAAUGGAGAACAAUGUUUCCAGAAGCCACGAGGCCUUUCAGAUUUGAGGCUGCUUGGAUCUCUCAUCCUGGCUUUCUUGAUAUUAUUAACUCUUCCUGGACUAAUAUGCACAACAACCUCCUUGAUUCUACUGCUGAAUUCACUCGUAGAGUGACAGAGUGGAACAAAGAGGUUUUUGGCAACAUAUUUAAGAGGAAAAGACACCUUCUUGCUAGAAUUGAGGGCAUUCAAAAAACUUUAGCUAACAACUUCUCCCACAAUCUCCACGUCCUUGAGCAAGAACUUUUAAAGCAAUAUAAUGUUACUUUACUUCAAGAGGAAACUCUUUGGUUUCAAAAAUCUAGAGCCAAACGCAUCACUUUUUGUGACAGAAAUACCAAGUUUUUCCAUAUUUCCACUAUCACCAAGAGAAGGAAAACCAAAAUCAAUGCCCUUAAAGACUCUGCUGGUACUUGGCACAUUGAGACUAAUGAGAUCAAAGCUGUCAUCCUUGAUUAUUUUCAAAACCUUUUUAAUUAUGAAGAUGUUAUCCAACUGGACCACUGUAAUAACCUAGCUUCAACAUAUUUGACUUAUGAUGAUAACACUGGGAUCCUUAAACCCAUUUCCCAUGCAGAAAUCCUUAGGGCUUUCAAAGCCAUUGGUUCUUUUAAAGCUCCUCGGAAAGAUGGCCUGCAAGCCAUCUUUUAUAAGACUUACUGGAAUUCUAUAGGGUAG